AACAAGUGUUCUAUGCUAGCCAAGCAACUAUUGUCGACGUAUCAUUUUUUCCUUAAGUUCUUUUUUCACUCUUCCAAUCAAAUUAAUCUCUUCCGAGUGAAGUGCUGUUUGCGGCCAAUUAUUCAUACAAUUCAGAUAAUUUGGCUUAGAUUUUUUUUGCUUGAAUAUGUCUCCAACGUUUGGUUUGGUGAAGGAUAUUACGCCUAGGGACACGCAUUGGGCACUUCGUCUGCGUUUGCUUUGUGUGUACGACAACAUAAGUGACACAGGUGACAUUAGAGGAUUGGAAUGUGUAUUCCAUGAUAAUGAGGGUGCUCGAAUCCAUGCAACAAUAAGGAUCGCACAGAUGGCUAAAUAUAGACAAAUUCUUAAGGAGCGAUGUUUGUAUGUUGUCCGUCAUUUCAUUGUUGCGAAUGAUGGAAAGAAGUGUAAGACAACGGAUAAUAAAUUUAAGAUGAUAUUUUAUGAAAAGACAGAGGUUAUCAAUUAUGAUGAUGAUGCAUUUCCUAACCAUGUGUAUAAGUUCAAGAGAUUUGAAUCAUUGUUGAAUGUGAGAAUAAUAAAUGAGACUGAGCUUUUUGGUGAGUACACUACUGUUAAAAUUCAUGUUUUUGAUUUUAUGGUAUAAUAAAAACUUCGUAAUAAUGUUGUGUGCAAAAAAACUGGAUGCUAUUGGACAAGUUGUUUCAAAGCAGGCGGUUCGAGAAGUGAUUCAUAAUGGUCGUCGUCAUAGGUUGAUAGAAGUCGCUUUGCAAGAUACAAGGUUGAAUCAAUUGUCAUGCACGUUUUGGGAUGACUUUGUUGAUCAAAUUCUUCCCUAUAUAGGCGAUGAUCAGACUGAACCAGUCAUUGUGACUUUACAGUUUUGUGACGCAGGAAUAUUCAGAGAACCAAAAAUAUCAAGCAACUACAAUGUCACGCGUGUUGUCAUCAAUGGAGAUGAUGUUGAAUUUGAAAAGUUCAAGAACAGCUUGCAGGAAGUGAAUAUACUCACUCAGCUGAUACGCACUAUUUCAGUAACUACAGACAAACAAAUGAGCAUUUCUGAGGAUCUUGACGGUUUGAAGCAACCACUUAAAACAAUAGAAGAACUGUACGAGACUCGAGAUGUAAUUUUAAGACCAUUAUAGUUGUGGGUGAUUGAUGUUUACAGCAUUGCAUUAUUAGAGUUGUUUAAAGAGAUGAACAUAAAUGAUUUCAGAUUGGAAGGUUUUAGAUUUAUGCCAAGGUCGUGGCAAUUGAAAGCGAUAAAAAUUGAUGGUAUCUUUCGUGCACUAAAUGCCGCAAGAAACUGGAAAAACCCAGUUCAAAAUUUUACAGCACCAAAUGCCGCAAACCUUAUUUUGAUGGGAUUCCAAGGUGAUAAUAAUUUUCAAUAUAAAUAUUUUAUAAACUAUGAUCGAUUUAAAUACCCAAAAAAAAAACAGAAAAUUAACAAAAACAUAAUGUUGUCAAAGCUAAUACGUGAAUGCAAUAGGUAUAAAGUAGUAAACCGAGUGAUUGACUCCACUGGAAAUGCACCUUUACUCAUUUGGGAUAACGUUGGGCAAGAAAUGUUUGGAAAUGAUGUGGUUGAUUGUCAAAACAUGAUGUUAAGCAGUGGAUGUGAGAAGAGUUAUGUUCCAGCUGAGAUAGAGACGAUUGUAGAUGUGUCAAUGUUGUUCAAGGUUCAGAUUAGGGAGGAACAAAUUGGAAACUACAAUUCAGCUUUCAGUGUGAUGAAAUUCACAAGAGAUGAAGUUCUUGUUGAGAAAUUCAAUGUUAACAGGGAUGAUGGUCAGGUUCACCACUGAGUUUAGAUUUAUUAAUUUUCAAAUUAUUUAAUUAUUAGUAUAAAUGUAAAAUAAUUUUUAUAAAGUUUGGAGGGAAUAAAAAAUCUAUUUAUCUUAUAUAGGAAUCUGAUUUCAUAUCCAAGAUGCACAUGUUGAG